UGCAGUGGGCUUAGAAUUCCAACACACACCGCUGCGAGAAGAAUUCAAUAAACAGCAUUCUCUAUCAACUUAGAAUAUUUUAAGGCAAUCUACUUUUUGCCAACUCUUUUUCCAAGUCUUCCCCCUCGGAUGGAAUUUUGGCGGAGUUUUUGCGCCAAAAAUGAUUUAGCUUUAAAGCUCCGAACAUUUCUUCUAUUAUCUUUUCCAAUUUCUUCACAUGUUACUGUUAUCUACUGUUAAUACUUUUAAACUCUUUUACUAGUGUUGGAUGUUAUCAAUUUUAUGAGUGCUAAGGUGAGAAGUAUAAGUGGAUAACAAAAAUAUAUAUUUAAAUAAAGGAUGGCGGAUAACUAUGCAAGUUACGAUGAAGAGGAUUUAGUAUCCGAAGAUCCUGAUCAAAGGAACUGGAAAGGAAUAGGCAUUGCUCUACUCGUCAUAGCCACCGUCUGUUCCCUAAUCAUCACUGCCAUCGUCUUGUUAACACCAGAGGACCUUGGUCCCCGAAUUCGGCAUCCCCUCAUGGAGUUAGAUGAUGUCAUGGAUGGAGUCUUUGUGCCUAGAUUAUUUAACGGAACGUGGAUAUCAGAUCACGAAUUUUUGUUCCGAGACUCAGAUGGCGCCGCCACCAUCUACAACGCCGAGACGCUGCGGAGGACGGUUGUUAUGCCAAACACCACCUUCAGACAAAUGAAUGUUCAUCAAUACAGUAUAUCUCCUGAUCGAAAGUAUAUGCUUCUUGCGAUCGAUUACAAAAAAAUGUACAGACAUUCCUUUCUUGCAAAGUACAGAAUUUUUAAUAUAAGCAACGAGCAUGUUGUGCCUCUCCUUCAUGAUGAUUCCAAUGCCAUGCUGCAGUUCGCACAAUGGGGGCGCGGAGGUAGUCAGCUGGUCUUUGUAAGGGACAGCAACAUGUUCUACAUGCCACAGUUUAGCGCUCUCACCAAGCCAAGACCACUUACUACGAAUGGAGAGAAUGACGUCAUACUAAAUGGUGUUCCUGAUUGGGUGUAUGAAGAGGAAAUCCUACAAUCAAACAAUGCCAUCUGGUGGUCGGAUGAUGGAACAAAAAUAGCUUAUGCCUGCUUCAAUGAUUCAGCUGUGGAUUUCAUCAACUUGCCCAAGUAUGGUGACUACCAUGAUGUCACGAAUCUUUAUCCUCAAUUCAGAAGGUUCAGGUAUCCUAAGGCUGGCCGUAACAAUCCGACGGUUAAGUUAUGGGUAAUCGAUUUAACGAGGAUGGAUUACGCCAAAACAGAAAUUGUGCCUCCAGAUGAUUAUAAAGAAAAAGAAUUUUAUUUCACUUCUCUUCAGUGGGUUUCGCAUAACAGAAUCGCUGUCACGUGGUUGAAGCGAUUUCAAAACUCCUCCUUAGUUUCUAUCUGUGAUGCAGCUGGGCUCACCUACUUCUGCGAUAACAAUCUUCCUCGGGAGAGCCACGGUCGUGGAUGGAUCGACAUGCAGGACAAACCUGUCUUUGGCGAAGACAAAAGGUUUUAUUUUAUACGUCUCCCUUUAGCAGACGGGAAAGCGGGAUAUUUCAGGCAUGUUGCAAUGAUCAACACCAGUGUAAGUACAACGAAUGAAGACCUUAAAAGGGAUCUGCAGAAUCUGAACGGAAGAAAGACCUUCUUGACGCACGGGCAGUUCGACGUAACAAAAAUAUUGGCUCAUCAUAAGGAUACAAACAAAGUGUACUAUUUAACAACGCUGCCCAACAGUCCUAGUCAGAGGCAUCUGUUUUCCGUUACUGAUAUGAAUUCCGAUAUGCCUCGCACCGAAGAGUGCCUCACUUGUGAUCUGGGCGACGAUUGUAAAUAUCACAAUGCAAUAUUUAGUCCCGGUGCAAAAUAUUAUAUUUUAGAGUGCCUAGGGCCGGGAGUGCCUUGGAUUGAUCUCAGAGCCACGGAUAACAACACUAGGUUGGACCUUUUGGACAGCAAUGAUAAUGUAAGGUGCAAAAUUGAAAGCACAGCAAUGCCUCAGCUCAGAACGUUUAAUGUGCCUAUAGAAGGAGGAUAUAAUGCAAAUGUCAGAUUACUACUACCACCUGGUCUAAGAGAUGAAGAAAUGGUAAAAUAUCCAAUGGUAAUAAAUGUAUACGGUGGACCCGGUAGCCAAAUGGUGACUGACAAAUUCUCUGUGCACUGGGGGAGUUAUUUAGCAAGUCGAAAAAAUUUCGUCUAUUCAUGGAUAGAUGGAAGAGGAAGUGGAAAUCAAGGUGAUAAACGUCUGCAUGAAAUCUAUCGUAAACUCGGGAGCACAGAAAUUGAAGACCAACUAAAUGUAGCAAGUUACUUAAAGAAUGAGAUACCCUUCAUUGAUAGAUAUCGAACAGCCAUUUGGGGGUGGUCCUAUGGAGGGUAUAGUACCAUAAUGGCUUUAGCAACUGACAGCCAAGUCUUCAAUUGUGGUAUUGCUGUUGCUCCAGUAACAAGUUGGUUGUACUAUGAUUCUGUGUAUUCAGAAAGAUACAUGCAAAUGCCUUGGGCCACAGACAAUUAUAUUGGAUAUGAAAAGGCAGAUGUUACUAAAAAAGCAGCAAAUAUCAAAGAUAAGAAACUUCUCCUAAUACAUGGAACAGCAGAUGAUAAUGUCCACACACAACAAUCAUUAAUGCUGAUGAAAGCCAUUACAGAUGCAGGUGUGAUGUAUCAUGCACAAGUAUAUCCAGAUGAAUCCCAUAGCCUAUCCAAUGUAAAAUCACACUUAUAUAGGACAAUGGAAAGUUUUCUAGAUAAUUGUUUUGGCAUACCAGAAGGAGAAGAAAGGCUACCACCACAAACAGAAGAGAAAAAGAGAUAGUAGAAAGAAAAUCUUAAAUAUUUUUGGCUUCAGUCCCUCUUCUUUUACAAUCAAUGAUCCCAUUUCCAUAGAAGGUCAAGUUGGUCAUUAACCAUACAUUCCUUCUCCACAAGAGUGAUAUUCAGGCACAAUAUGAACAGUUCAAAGCAUAAAGUGCUUGGAAGUGCUUCUCAAGUUCAAGUGCUCAAAUGGAGGAAAGCCUCAGAUGGCCAAGGGCUUUGAUAGUGAUGCAGGAGAGAGAUCCAAAACAUCACCAUGGUGCUUCGAUAACAGACUUUUAACUAUCAAGUCCUUUAUUGAUGACACAGAAAAUAAUUUUUUUUUAAUGAUAUUUAACUAGAAGCAUGGGAACAAAAGAAUUGGUGAUGUGCAGACAUAUGCAGAUUAUUAUACACAUAUUUAAAUUUUUAAGAUCCUUUCUGUUUUCUUCUUUUUUAAAAACAAGAAUUCACGAAAUCUGAAAUAUUUUAAUACUAUUCAUUUCCAUAAUACUUUUUACCAUAGGAAAUAUCUAAAGAGAAUAAAGUUUUAAUAUUUAUGUUUUCUUCAAAGAUACAAAAUCUAUAAAUACCAUUUAACUUUCAAUAAUUCUCCAAUACAUGAGGUAAAGUUGAGGGUAUAAGUAACAGAAUUCAAUGAUAAUUUAUAAGAACCAUUAACUUUUAUGCUCUUUUAAUCUCUUUAGAGGCCUGCUGCAUGGGAAAUGCCAUAACAAAUCAGCAGUUUAUACUGUUUAAAUUACUUAAAUUCCAGAUAAUGAUUGUUUUUUCCCCCUCUUAAAUAAUUAAAAAUGCUAAAGUGAACUUAUUGCAAAUUGGAUUCUUGCUGUUGUGCUUAACAUUUAUUGAAAUACUAAUAAAUAAAUAAUUAUACUUGCUUGGUGUUUCAUUUAAAGGAAUUCUAGACUAUUAUUAUGCUAUCAAUUUUAAAUAAGGCAUUUGAGAAGUGCACGAAGGAUGCUUAAUUAUAAUUUUUUAAGAAUAAGAGUUCAGAUGGAAACCUGCUCUGAAAUAAUUUAUUUUAAAAGCAAUCUUUAAUCCCUAGAAACUGAUUCAUAUAUUUUUUUCAGUGGCUUCCACUACUUACUCAUAAAUGACAAUAUAAAAAUAAAACUAUAUUUGUGAGAUUAAAAACAAAAAAUGUAAAUUAAUGGGUGAAUGAAACUGAUUUAGAAGUGUUUUUUUUAUACCAAUAAUCUGCACAUGUCUACACAUCACGCAUUGGUGCUUAAAUUGUAGCACUGUAAUAAACGACUUCCUUGGAGAGGUCUUAAUUUAUAAAAAUGUCUGAAAUCUAUACAUUGAUGGAUUUCAGAAACAUAUAAAAAGGAUAAAUUUCUAAAUAUACUUUAGUUAAACUGAUUAUGAUGGGAAAUUGUUAUAAUAAUAAUAAAAAAAAUAUUAAUAAAAGUUAUGAAUGUUCUGAAAGAUAUAUUCAAAUAAAAAUAUCCAAUAAUGCUUGAAGAAAAAUAAAACCAAUGUGAUUAAGGUGAAAUUGAAUAAGUACUAUCAAUUAUUUU